CCCCGCCUGCUGCUUGUUAUAGCGUCCCCGGAUACGAGAUUGCAGCAUAUCCAUUAUCCAAGCACGGCGAUAGAGCCUCGAGCUUGGAGAUAUAUAGAUGGCGGUGGUGGUGGCGGGGGGUGGCGCUGGCGGUGGGGGUGGCAGGGCGCGAGGGGAGCAGCAGCCGAGGACGCAUUGGCGCGAGCAGCAGGGGCAGCGGAGCCCCGACAUGGCGGCGGUGCCCAGGCCGCCGCGCCCAAGGCCGGGACCGGCCAGGGUCGCCGUCGUGUACUACCUGUCCAGGAACGGGCAGCUCGAGCACCCGCACUUCAUGGAGGUCGCCCUCUCGUCCCCCGACGGCCUCUACCUCCGAGAUGUGAUCGAUCGGCUCGACGCACUGCGAGGCAAGGGGAUGGCGCGCAUGUACUCAUGGGCCUCCAAGAGGAGCUACCGGAACGGGUUCGUGUGGCACGACCUGGCGGAUGACGACUACGUGCACCCGGUGGGCGGGCGGGAGUACGUGCUCAAGGGCACCGAGCGGCUGCACCCGCCGGCGAUCCACCUCCCGCUGCUCGACGCGGCCGCGGCGUCGUCCUGCUCCUCCGGCUCCCAGGACACGACCACGUCCUCCUCGUCAGGCUGGGAGCACGCCCAGAGGAAGGGCGUCGCCGGCGCGUGCGGCACAGGUGAGCUCGGCGAGUACAGGGUGUACAAGGCCGAGGACCGCGCCGCGGCGGCAGCGGACGCGGCGACGCAGACCGAGGACGGGCACCGUGGGCGGAGCCGCGGUCACCAGAGGCGCGCCCAGGAGGAGCUGAGCCGCGAGGAGACGUCGCCGCCGACGGCGUCCACGAGCCCCGAGACGCUCGAGGCGCUGAUCAAGGCGGACGGCCGCGUCCUGGCGACCGUCCCCGGCGGCGGGAGCAGGGCCCGGGCGUCGUCCGUGCUGAUGCAGCUCAUCUCGUGCGGGUCCGUGUCGGUGAAGGGCGGGCUGGCCACACCGGUGAUGCCGCGCGGGGUGCACUACCGCCCACGCCCGCCGCGCCCGCCGGCGCACGCGGCCGUCGCGGCAGCCGAGACGGCCGUCUACCGGCAGAAGGUGGUCGAGGACAAGGAGUACUUCAGCGGGAGCCUGGUGGAGACGCAGUGCUCGGCCGCCGACCCGUGCCAGGACCUGGCCGUCCUCCGGCGGUCGUCUUCCUACAACGCCGACAGGGCGCAGAAGGCGGAGGAGGCGGUGGACCUGCACGACCGGUGCAUCCCGCGGAAACCCAAGAGCAAGAAGGACGGCUACCAGGUGAUCUCCUGCACCGCGCACGCCAGCGGCAAGAGGAUCGGGGCAUGAGUGAGCGAGUUUGGUUUGACCGUGGAGGCCGUCGUCGGUUCAUCAUCUGCGAGAUUGCAACAUAUAUGUCCUAUGAUGUUAUUUGGGUGGCCGUGGCCGGGCUCGUUUGUGGUUUGUCUGGAGCUUGGGUGAGUGUGAUUCGGUCGGCUGUCCGGUUCUGUUCAGCUGGCUGGUAUAUCUGGGUGUAACAUGAAACAGUAUUUGUGAUGAACAGUACAUAUGAUGGCUUGCUCUUUCGCUGUGCUCA